GCUGCGCAGUUUGAGCGCAGCAGCCCGCAGGGAAGCAGGGGCACGGAGAGGAGCCUUGGCACCAUUGCCACACUCUAGGGCACCCUUGGCGCUGACACCAUACACCGGGGCACCCACCAUGGCGCUGGGCUUGGAGCAGGCGGAGGAGCAGCGGCUGUACCAGCAGACGCUGCUGCAGGACGGGCUCAAGGACAUGCUGGACCACGGCAAGUUUCUGGACUGUGUGGUGCGCGCGGGCGAGCGUGAGUUCCCAUGCCACCGCUUGGUGCUGGCUGCCUGCAGCCCCUACUUCCGCUCACGCUUCCUGGCCGAGCCCGAGAGCGCUGGCGAGGUGCGCCUGGAGGAGGUGUCACCUGACGUGGUGGCCCAGGUGCUGCACUACCUGUAUACGUCGGAGAUCGCGCUGGACGAGGCGAGCGUGCAGGACCUGUUCGCAGCGGCACACCGCUUCCAGAUCCCGUCCAUCUUCACCAUCUGUGUGUCCUUCCUGCAGAAGCGCCUGUGCCUCGCCAACUGCCUGGCCGUGUUCCGCCUUGGCCUCCUGCUGGACUGCGCGCGCCUGGCUGUGGCCGCGCGCGACUUCAUCUGUGCGCGCUUCCCGCUGGUGGCACGGGACGCCGACUUUUUGGGACUCUCGGCUGACGAGCUCAUCGCCAUCAUCUCCAGCGACGGCCUCAACGUAGAGAAGGAGGAGGCGGUGUUUGAGGCCGUGAUGCGCUGGGCUGAGAGUGGUGAUGCCGAGGCCCGCGCCGAGCGCCAGCGCGCGCUGCCCACGGUGUUCGAGAGCGUGCGCUGCCGUCUGCUGCCGCGCGCCUUUCUGGAGACCCGCGUGGCGCGCCAUCCGCUCGUGCGCGCCCAGCCCGAGCUGCUACGCAAGGUGCAGAUGGUCAAGGACGCCCACGAGGGCCGCGUGACCACGCUACGCCGCCGGAAGAGGAAGGACAAGGGCAAGGAGGAGGGGAAGGAGCAGAGUCCUGCCACGGAAGAGGCCCAGGACCAGGAGGAGGAGGAAGAGGGUGCCGAGCGCGUGCUGCCUGGGGUCCUGAAUGACACACUGCGCUUUGGCAUGUUCUUGCAGGACCUCAUCCUCAUGAUCAGCGAGGAGGGUGCCGUGGCCUACGACCCCGCCGCCAACGAGUGCUACUGUGCCACCCUUUCCACACAGGUCCCCAAGAACCACGUGAGCCUGGUCACCAAGGAGAACCAAGUCUUCGUGGCUGGGGGCCUUUUCUACAACGAGGACAACAAGGAGGACCCUAUGAGUGCUUACUUCCUGCAGUUCGACCACCUGGACUCGGAGUGGCUGGGCAUGCCGCCGCUGCCCUCUCCGCGCUGCCUCUUUGGCCUGGGAGAGGCGCUCAACGCCAUCUACGUGGUUGGCGGCCGCGAGCUCAAGGACGGCGAGCGCAGCCUGGACUCUGUGCUGUGCUACGACCGGCUAUCAUUCAAAUGGGGUGAGUCGGACCCCCUGCCCUAUGCUGUGUACGGCCAUGCGGUGCUGUCCCACCUGGACCUCGUCUAUGUCAUUGGGGGCAAGGGCAGCGACAGGAAGUGCCUCAGCAAGACCUGUGUAUACGACCCCAAGAAGUUUGAGUGGAAGGAGCUGGCGCCCAUGCAGACGGCGCGCUCUCUCUUUGCGGCCACUGUGCAUGACGGCCGCAUCUUCGUGGCGGCGGGAGUCACGGACACAGGGCUGACCAGCAGCGCUGAGGUGUACAGCAUCGCAGAGGACAGGUGGACACCCUUCGAGGCCUUCCCGCAGGAGCGCAGCUCCCUCAGCCUGGUCAGUCUGGCAGGCACCCUCUAUGCCAUCGGGGGUUUUGCCACGCUGGAGACCGAGUCAGGAGAGCUGGUCCCCACGGAGCUCAACGACAUCUGGAGAUUCAAUGAGGAAGAGAGGAAGUGGGAGGGCGUCCUGCGGGAGAUCAGCUAUGCUGCUGGUGCCACCUUCCUGCCUGUGCGGCUCAACGUGCUGCGCCUGACCAAGAUGUGACCCCACCACCCUGACGGGCCCAGGGAGGAGGCCAGAAGGGGCCGAGCUGCCACAUGGUGCGAUGGGACUGCAGGACUACUUCACCUGGACCGGGUUGCCACGGUGGACCUAGGCCCUGAGGUGGGGAUGCUGGCCCCUCCAGGGUAGCCAGGCCUCCCAUGCCCCGUCGGGUGUCCAGAGCCUCAGGGAGGGAUCUGGGCAGCACCCCAGCCUGGCCCUGUGCCUGCCAGAUGGGGUGUCCCCAGCACUUGAAGUGCACAGUCAGCCGUGUCUUACAGGGGAGUAGGCCGUGUGGGCGCCAUCUGCCGUACCCCCCAAUCUCCUCUGCUCCCUGUGUGGCCUCAGUGUCCUCGCCCAGCAGGGACAGGCACUAGAAGAGGCCAGGAAGAGGCUGGGGACCAGGCAUGGUAGAAAAAGCUUUAUUCUUUGUCACUCGGGCUUCUCUUUGUCCUGCCCUGGCUCCUCCUCCAGGGCCAGGCUGCGCUCGCGCUCCUUUACCAGCUGGACGCCACAGUAGGUGACAAACAGGAUGGCCAGCGUGGUCUGCGGGAAGCCUGUGAAGCAGAGCCAUGGGUCUUGUGCCUCCUGGGCCAGGCCCAGGCUGUGACCCUCCCUAUGCAGCCCUUGCCCCCCCAGUGGUGUGGACACCUUUCCCUCACCUGCAAGCAGCAGGCGCCGGGCCACCAGCUCCGUGAACUCGAGGCUGUUAAGGCUCACGAGGUUGUACAUGACGAUGGCCCAGAAGUUCAUGGCCCCAAACAGGGCGCGCACACGGCGGCUCAUCUGCUCCGACAGGGAGGCCUGGCAGCCACACAGGCAUCAGAACAGGGCCCCAGGGGAGCACGGGGCACUCCGUGGCCUGGCCCAGCUGCUGGAGCCUGGGCUGUGUGAGGGUAUCUGGGGUCCCAGCCAGCUCACCCUCAGUGAUUGUGGGGACCGAGGCCCGAGAGCCGAGGCCCAAGCAACAAGCCAGGCCCAGGUGUGUCAGGCCCAGCCCUUUGGUGGCGGCGGUACCCACGUGCCAAGCUGGUGCCAACAUCUGAGGUCAACCCGAGGACGCUCGGGGCUGGGGAAAGUGCGACCACCAGACCAGAGAGCAGCAGGGCCCCCUGCCCUCCCACACCUCCCUGUGCCCUGCCCAAGUCCUCCUGUCCCCGAUGCCCCACCCUGCUCACCUCAAUCUGUGCCAGCGGCCUUCGCUCGGCCAGCUUCUGCACCCAGAGCUCGAAGUUGAGGCCAAAGCAGUUGAGGGCCGACCACAGGUAAACGAUGUCACAGGGCCCGAGCCACAGUGUGGUGAUGGCGAAGGUGGCCACAGAGGCCACCAGCUCGGGGAUCACGGCUGAGUGCUCCCCACCGAUGUGGUCAUACACGUACCUGGGGGUGCCAGUGGGCCGUGGGGAGUGGGGUGGGGCAGGUGCAGAGGUGUGCCCGUCAGGCUAUAGCUGUCUUUGACUGAGGCACCCACACUGUGCCCACCCGCACAUCACCGCCUCAGGCCUCGUGUGCUUGUCCCACCCAAGCCCCUGCUGGCUUCCUGUGGGGCGCACUCCCACCCCCACUGUUGGCCCAUACUCGGGUUGCAAGCCCUGCUUACUCUGGGCUUCUGACCCCCAGCUGUAUCCAAGACAUCAUUGCUGGGCCCCCACCAGUGCUCCUGUUCCAUCCCCCGCCCAUCCUGGCAGCUCCUGUAGUGGAGCCUCUGUGAUCUUCCCCUUCCCCUCCUCAUGCUGGACCCAGGGGCUCUACGAGCAACCUUGCCUGCCACUUCCAUGGCUGCCGUGGUUUCUGACGCAGCCAUCUUCCUGCCUCAGCCUCCAGAAUGCAGGAUCACAGGCACGAACCACUGUGCCUGGCUGAACUUUGAACCUUGUCAGCUCGGCAGGGCAGCCUCACUCCCCUGUGCACCCUGGGUCCUCCGAUACUUCGGCUCCUCUUCUUGGGACCCUGAUCUCCUUUCACUCAAGGCCCUGUUCAGGUCUCAGCAUGGACCCCGUGGCUGGCUGCUGCCCCCUGCACUGUUGGACUCCUGAACCCCCUUGCCAAGGUGACCCCACUGGGGCUCAGCCACCUGAGUACGGCCAUUGCCCCUUACCCAACCCAUGACCCCUGGGAGUGGGGUCUGCCCGUUCAAGGCUGUUUUUCUGAUGUCUGGGGUGGCACGGGCAUCCAGCAGGCUCUUGGAAGACGUGUGUGAAAUAAACUCUGAGGGAGAUGGCUGAGGAACUA